AUGGCGACACCAUACCAUUAUCAAACGAGCAGCCAUGUAGAGAUGUCUAAUCAAGAGAUGAAGCACAUAUUGAAGAAGACCAUGAGUGUCUCUCAGACAAAUUGGGCAAGAAGGUUAGAUGAUGCACUAUGGGUCUAUAGGACAGCAUUCAAAACACCAAUCAGGAUGUCCCCUUAUCGGCUCAUUUAUGGAAAAGUCUGUCAUCUACCCAUGGAGCUAGAACACAGAGCCUAUUGGGCGACGAGAACACCAAACUUUGAUUUACAAGUGGCUGGUGAGAAGAGAAAAUUGCAAAUCAACAAGAUGGAUGAGUUCCGCAAUGAUGCUUAUGAGAAUGCUUGGAUCUCCAAAGAUAAAACUAAAAGAUGGCAUGAUAAGCAUAUUUUGAUAAGGGAAUUCAAAGUCGGGCAGAAAGUUUUAUUAUUUAACUCAAGACUUCAACUCUUCCCUGGAAAGCUGGCUCUCGAUGGUCGGGACCAUUUAUGGAAUGAAGAGAUCAGAGAGAUAUCCAAGAAGUACAUGUGUAACGUCCCGAUCUCGGAGGUCCGGAGAGUUAGCUUCUAA